AAGCUAGCUAGCCAGCCAAAGCAGCAGCCUUCCCCGGUUAACUCUCGCGCGGAUUGCUAGAGAUCGAUCGAGCGAGGCCGACGCCGGCCAUGAGCGACCAGUCCCAGCCCGUCCGCACCGGCGACGUCUACCCGCCCUCCGCCGCCGCCCACGACGCGCGCCGCCAGCGCGACGAGGUCCUCACCACCCAUGAUGAUCAGCAGCAGAAACGCGAGCUCCGGGUCACCGAGACCGACGAGCCACACGCCGGGAGACGCGUCGUCACCGCCACCGCCGGCGGCCAGGUGAUGGCGCAGUUCACGGUGCCGGUGCCGGGCGCCGGCGUGGAGGAGGCGACGGACGCGGUGACCAUCGGCGAAGCUCUACAGGCCGCGGCGCAGACGUCGGCGGGCGAGAGGCCGGUGGACCUCGCGGACGCGGCAGCGGUGCAGGCCGCCGAGACGCGCGCGACCGGGCUAGGCGGCGUCGUGCCGGGCGGUGUGGCGGCCGCGGCACAGCAGGCCGCGGAGACCAACAUGAGGCCUGGCCUCGCGGAGGAGGAGAAGGUUCGGCUGAGGGACGUGCUGGGCAGCGCCGCAGCGGUGCUGCCGGCCAACAAGGUGGCCACGAGGGAGGACGCCGUUGCGGUGGCGACAGCUGCGAAGCGCAACGCCCCUGCGGGAGGCGGUGGAGGAGGCAAGGGCGUCGCAGACGCGGUGGCCGCGGCCGCCGAUAUGAACGAGAAGAGGAUGACGCGCACGCGGCAGGCUUAAUUAGGCUACUAGGUAGCAGGCUAGCAGCCUAGCAGAAGAGCGUGCGUGGCACUGUAAUAAGUUGUACUGCGUAGUUCCACUUUCACCACGCACCUACAGUACAUACGUAGUAAUGUACUUCUCUAUCCGUGCUGUAAUCUACAGUGUACUAUACGACUUUUUUCAUUAGUAUUA